GUACCUCAUUUCAGUUUCUUGUGCAGGUUCAGGUUUUUGUGUCGGCUGGUUUCCCGCACACGUUAGUUUUUACCAGUUGGACUAAAUGCACAGAACUUGCCUCAAACUUUGUCAACAAACACAAAACAGCAUCCAAACAAACUCAUUUUCACUGACUAUAUUUUUUAGAAAAAGGAACAAAAUGGCAAUUUGCAAGAUCCUCUUUUUUCUUCUUGCACUGUGUGUAUGGUGUGGGAAAUGUGAAGUGUUUUAUAAGCGAGUCGGAGAUGAGGUUUCCAUGAAGUGUGGAGUAGAUUCAAACAGUGAUAUAGACUGGAAAUUUAACGACGAGUCCAUUUUUAGCAUUAAAGGCAAAAGUGGGACUAAACGGAAGGGUUCUUCCCAUAUUGCGUUUAAAGCAAGUGCAUCUGGAGACACUUUGAAGGUUCCUAGACUGGAGACAAGAGACUCUGGAAACUAUUUCUGUAGGCAGUCAGGGAAACAUUACACUGUGCGUGUUGUGUCAGCCUUUGUUAAACCAGGCCCAGUGCUGCUGCAGUCUAGUAAUGCAGAGCUGCACUGUGACAUAACAGGAGACCCAAAUACUGAAGUACAGUGGCUGAGACCCCCUAAUGGUGAAGAAUAUAAAGAAAAAAAACAAGUAAUUCAACUGAAGUCUGUGACUUCAAAAGAGGCGGGCCAGUGGACGUGUCUAGUCAAGAAAGACUUGAAGCUCAUUGUAGCAUUGACUGUUGUUGGCCUCCAGACCACAGCUGUUAAUGCUUCUAAAGGGGACAACAUAGAGCUGCCCUGUUCUCUUCCUCAGAGUGUAUCUCAGCGUGUUGUGGGUGGGAGAUGGAAGGCUGACCACCUUCCCAAAGUCUCUUUCCCAACCCUGACGAACACAGCAGGCGAAGGCUUACACUGGAAUGGCAAUGGUUUAUCAAAAGUCAACUUUACUACUGGGCAACUCAGCACCAACUUUGAUGUCACGUUGAAAAAUGUGCAGAGCAGUGAUGAAGGGACGUUUGUGUGUACAGUGGAGUUUGAUGGUGGAGUGAGUCUAAGUGUUGAGACGACUUUGAGGGUUAUGGACAAACCUUCAGGUGAAGGCCUUCCAUGUAAUCUUCAGUCUGAGAUCGCUAAGCUAGUAGAGGAGAUACUGGGAAUGGCCAAUUCUUCCAUUUGUGGCAUUGCAGAUGCUCUAGACCAUGCACUGCUCAAAUUGAAGAAGUUAAAGCGAUGUGUGGAUGAUGCUGGAGCCAGUCCAUCUGACACAUCUUCUCCUGUAUCAUCUCAGGACAUCUCCCCGUGUCCUCCAGAUAAGCCUUCUUCCUCACAAGACACAGGGUUUGCAGAGAGUGUAAAUGAUGACAUUGAGUCUCUUGAAAGAAAAAAGCUUAAUUUGCAAAUAAAGUUGCUGGAAAAUCAAAAUGAAUAUUAUGCACUAAAACUGAAAAAAAUUAAAGAACAGUCAAUGAUUGUCAGUGUUGUGGAGUAACUAUUUACAUGUAACUGAAUUAUGUAUUUGGGUUUAUGCAUAUGCUUUUUUUUAAAGAUUGACUGUUAGAUGCCUGUGUUUCCUGUCAUAGCUAUGCAAACAUUUGAUUUCAAUCAACAAUAUCAUAUCUAUUCAAAUAUUUCUCGUCAUGGUUUUAAAUCUGCAUUUAACCUCAGAAUGAUGUCAAAAUAAAAAGGUGCUAAAGUCUGAUUUUGUGAAAAAUAAAGUAUUAUUAAAAAGUCAUUAUUAUAAUCCUAAUUUAAAUAAGGAAUUAUGAAAGUCUGACAGUAAUGAGUGUUAAGUACUAUUGUAAGGUUAUCCCUGCCUGCUUUAAAUGUUUGAAAAUUAUUAUCAGUUGAAAACAUUCAUUAGAAAUUUAGAAACGUAAUCAAAUGUAAUCAGUUACAUUACUUUAAUAAAGUAAUUGAAAUAGUUAUAUUUUAAAUAGUUAACUUGAAAUCUGUAAUCUGUUACAUUUCCAAAGUAAUUCUGAACACUGAUGAUUGUACAUGUUUUUGCCAAUAAAAUGGUGUGAUGACAAAUCUG